UACAGCCAAAGUCCAAAGACUCCAAACCCAGCCAGCCUAGUGAGCCCACGGCCCAAGUGCCCAUGGCCGCACGGCCCACACGCCCUACUUGGCCCCUCCCACUCCAAUCCCAGGCCAACCGGCCCAACCCUAAAUCCCUAAUCAUCUAAUGCCCGCAGCCCUAUUCAAUUCGAGCUGUGACUGAGUGAGAGGCCCUUCAUUCUGGCCUUCUUCUUCGACCCUUCGAAGCCCUCUGCCCUUCGUGAGUUGGUCUUCCACACUGCGAACCAGCAGGAGCCCUUCGCGAGUUCGGUACUUCGUCAGGAGCUUCGCGAGUUCAUCGUGGACAGUUUCAAACCAGAAGGAGCUCCUCGCAAGCUCGUCUUUGAGCGUUUGUGAGUUCGUGAGUUCAUCUGCGUCGAAGUUCAAAUUUAUUUAAGCAGUGUUCAUGGCAUUGCAAACUGCUGUUAGAAAUCUUAAAGGCAGGCUCUUACCUGUGCUCUUUCAAACCUCCCUAUUGCAUUCGCAUGCCACCAGCUUUGGAUAUAAAGAAGUUCAAGAAGAAGAAAAACGUCGAAUGGUUGGUGAUGUCUUUACCAGUGUUGCUUCAAAUUAUGAUCUGAUGAAUGAUUUGAUGAGUGGAGGAUUGCAUAGAUUAUGGAAGGAUAGGAUGGUUUCAAAACUACAUCCAUUUCAUGGGAUGAAGCAUCUUGAUAUGGCCGGCGGGACCGGGGAUGUUGCCUUCAGGAUAUUGGAAGCUAUAAAAUAUGAGAAGCUUAGAACCAUGCAACAUGUCCUUGAGGAUGUACAGGAAGAAACUCAGAUAUACGUAUGUGACAUCAACCCAAACAUGUUAAAUGUUGGUAAAAAGCGAGCCAUAGAGAGAGGUCUUGGAAAAGAUCAAUCUCUUGUAUGGCUGGAAGGAGAUGCAGAAGCUUUGAGUUUUGAAGAUAAUUCAAUGGAUGGUUACACAAUUGCAUUUGGGAUAAGAAAUGUUACACACAUAGAGAAAGUUCUUCAUGAAGCUUAUAGGGUACUUAAACGGGGAGGCAGAUUCCUCUGCCUUGAGCUAAGCCAUGUGGAACUUCCAAUACUUAAGCAACUGUAUGACUACUACUCAUUUUCAGUUAUUCCAGCCAUUGGGGAGCUAGUUGCGAAUGAUCGAGCAUCAUACCAGUAUUUAGUUGAGAGUAUCCGCCGUUUUCCCUGCCAGGAGAGGUUUGCUUCAAUGAUUGCAGACGCAGGGUUUCAGAAAGUUGAAUAUGAAAAUCUUGUUGGGGGAGUUGUCGCCAUCCAUUCUGGAUUGAAAUUUUAGGAGGCCAUGCUCAAAUUUUGACCAUGGCUUGUUCUUAAUUUUAGUUCUCACAUUGGUUGACACCCUUGAAGAAAAAUUUCAUAGGCGAUGGAAUAUUCAUGUUUUAUUUUUGUUUUUUGCUUGGGAAUAAUAGUUGCUUUCAUCAUUUUUUUAAAAAAAAAAAAAAUGUGUAUUCUUGUUUGUUCUCUUGCAAAUAAUGUAAAAGUUAUGCUUGAGGUACCAAGUAAGCUAUUAUAUGUUUAGUCUCUCUCUGUUACUCUCUAUCUCAGCUGCUUUUCGCUACAGGGAGUACUAAAGUGUAUCCUGAAUUAAAUGAUCAAUCAGCUUGCAGUUCUGUUUCCAA